CCGCGGGGCCCUGGCGCGGCUUCUGCGCCGCCAGCCGCUUCUUCAGCUCGUGCUUCGGCAUCGUGUCCACGCUCAGCGUGGCCCUCAUCUCGCUGGACCGCUACUGCGCCAUCGUGCGGCCGCCGCGGGAGAAGAUCGGCCGCCGCCGGGCCCUGCAGCUGCUGGCCGGCGCCUGGCUGGCGGCCCUGGGCUUCUCCUUGCCCUGGGAGCUGCUCCGCGCGCCCCGCGAGCCCCCGGCGGCACAGAGCUUCCACGGCUGCCUGUACCGGACGUCCCCGGACCCUGCGCAGCUGGGCGCGGCCUACAGCGUGGGGCUGGUGGUGGCCUGCUACCUGCUGCCCUUCCUGCUCAUGUGCUUCUGCCACUACCACAUCUGCAAGACGGUGCGCCUGUGCGACGUGCGCGUGCGGCCCCUGACCACGUACGCGCGCGUGCUGCGCUUCUUCAGCGAGGUGCGCACGGCCACCACCGUGCUGAUCAUGAUCGUCUUCGUCAUCGGCUGCUGGGGGCCCUACUGCUUCCUGGUGCUGCUGGCCGCGGCCCGGCAGGCCCAGGCCACGCAAGCCCCCUCGCUCCUCAACGUGGUGGCUGUCUGGUUGACCUGGGCCAAUGGGGCCAUCAACCCUGUCAUCUAUGCCAUUCGCAACCCCAACAUUUCGAUGCUCCUGGGACGCAACCGGGAAGAGGGCUACCGGACUAGGAACGUGGACGCCUUCCUGCCCAGCCAGGGCCCCCGGCUGCAGGCCAGAAGCCGCAGUCGCCUUCGAAACCGCUAUGCCAACCGGCUGGGAGCCUGCAGCAGGAUGUCUUCUUCCAGCCGGGCCAGCGGGAUGGGAGGGGAUGUGGCCAUGUGGGCCCGAAAAAAUCCAGUUGUGCUUUUCUGCAGGGAGGGACCCCCAGGGCCUGUGACAGCAGCGGUCAAACAACCUAAAUCCCAAGCGGGGGAUACCAGCCUCUAAGAAGGGCCAGGAUGCAUAGCUUGUGAAGGCAAAUUUUCACCUGCUCCGUUUAAUGAUGCAGGAUUCCGGGGAGAAUCGUGUAUUUCAUAAAGCCAGACGUUUAAAAAAAGAGACGGAGGGGGAGGCUUACCACUUCCCCCAAAACGACGUACAAGACAAUGUGCCCUUCUUCAAAAGUGCCAAAUGUAAAAUGCAAAAAUUAAAACAGUAUCAAACCACACAACCAAGCAUUGUGAACUGUAAGUGCCAAAAAUGACAAAAAUAGAAUUCACUAUUACUGAUAAGCUCAUAUUACAGGAAUCACACUGUGAAACGAACAAACAAAAUCACUGAAUGUAACCAGGAUUUGUUCAAAUACAUAGCGUUUCAGGAAAGAAUGGAGACCUUCAGAAUUACUUGAAGGCCCCUCCAAAUCACCAGCAUCCGACAAAACUGGAGAUUGUUAGAACUCGCAUCUUUGACACAUGCUUUGGGUGCUCAGGUUAGAAACGAAAAAUUCUUAUCUUUACACACUUUGGUGCACUUCCUCCCACCCCAUGUCCCUGUAACAUUUGUGGGAAAUUUUAUAUUCAUAUCCCAUUUUAAACCAUUUUAGGAUUUUGAAAUUGUGUCUUACUACCAGAAAAUCAACCAUCUGAAGGGCAAGGAGAAGUAUGAACAUAAAGAAGUGUGGCUGUUUAAAAACAUAUUCCAAGAUUAUACUUUAAAAAUUAAUGCCCCUCAUUCUACCGCCAAAAUUAUCUGCCUUGGGAAGCUUUAAAGCUUUCCCCUUACCCUCACCUGCUACUUUUGUUUCUAAUCAUUGGGGGGAUGCUGUUCUCAGAGUAUUUUCAUAUAUAUAUAUAUAAAACACUUUCAUAGUAGAAAAUCUUGCCUUUUGAGGUAAAUUUGAAUUUUAAAUGCAGCCAAAAAUGUAAUUUGAAGUCAAGUUGAUUGAAUCAGGUGAGUAAUGCCACUUUUUUUUAGGUAUACAAAAAUGAGAGCCCUAUGAAGUAACAAGAUUGGCUUUCCUAUGUGGCUCACAACCCAAGAUGAUUACAAAGAAGAAUUCUAAAAAUAUUUUGAGAAGUGGCUGUAUUCUUGGAAUAAGGGUAGAGCUUUCAAGAGCAUUAUACUUUCCUACAUUUGGAAGUUUAUGAAAAAAAUGAAUCCUUGCUUUUACAAACAUGAUUUGUCUAAAAAAUGUGGUUGUUAUUAGACAGGGAGAAUAGACAUGGUAUUAUUACAUGUAAUAGGGUGUUAAUAAUUUGGGCAUAAAGUCAGAAAGAAACUUCAAUCAAGCCGGAGAUAUUUUCAGAAAUGUGCAAAACAAAGAUACUUUUUAAAAUUCAAAAGCACCAUUCACGAUUUGUGUGUGUGAAAUUUCUCUCAUUAAAUGCCACUAUUCACAGAAUCAUUUGCUCA